GAGCAGCCACCUACGCAGCCCAGGAACCCCGACCCGCUGCCUGGGACCCGCUCCCCGGGGCCGGAGCAGACGGGUGCCAACGAGGCCGCCGGCACGGCAGCAGCACCCGCCAUGGCCCCGCUGGGUGAGGACACCCCGCUGAUCGGGGAACGCUCCUGCAGCCUCUCCUCUGCCGAGACCGGUACCCUCCAGGUCUACCUGUACCACCAAGCCCCCACCCCGCGCAGCCCCCCCGGCACCACCGCCGGCAUCCUCACCUUCACCUUCGGCGAGUACACGGCCGAGGAGCUGUGCAUCCACGCCGCCAAAGCCUGCGGCGUGCUGCCCGUCUGUCACCCGCUCUUCGCCCUGGCCACCGAGGAUCUCAGCUGCUGGUUCGCCCCCAACCACCUCUUCACCGUCGAUGACUCCUGCAGCCAGGUCGUGGUGUACAGGAUCAGGUUCUUCUUCCCCAACUGGUGCGGGCUGGGACAGUCCCACCGCUUCCAGCUGCUGAACGACCGGGCCAGCCCCAUCCUGGACUACCCCGUCAUCGAUUACCUUUUUGCCCAGUCCCGCAGCGAUUUCAUCGGGGGACGCGUGGCGAUGGCACUGAGCCUGCCCACGCAGGAGGAGUGCCUGAGCCUGGCCGUGCUGGACAUGCUGCGCAUCGCCAAGGAGAAGCGGCAGAGCCCCGACGAGGUCUUCAGCCACGUCAGCUACAAAUCCUGCAUCCCCGAGCCGCUGCGGUGCCAGAUCCAGCAGCACAGCUUCCUCACCCGCAAGCGCAUCCGCCGCCGCUUCAGCAAAUCCCUGCGGAAGAUCGGCGGCUGCCAGACGGACGGACGCUACCUGAAGCUCAAGUACCUGCUGGACCUGGAGCGGCUGCAGCGACGCUGGGCAGAGGAGAGUUUCCACGUGCGCUCGCCCGGCUCCGCCGCGGACAUCGUCAUCCACGUGGCCGGCGAGAGCGGCGUCUCCUGGAGCUGCGGCGGCUCUGAGAGCCGCCAGCACUUCUGCGACUUCCCCGACAUCGCCGACAUCAGCAUCAAGCAGGCGAGCCGGGAGGGUGGCCCCGUGGAAAACCGCAUCGUCACCCUCACCAAGACGGACAACCGGGUGCUGGAGGUGGAGUUCCCCACGCUGCGGGAAGCCCGCUCCUUCGUGGCUCUCAUCGACGGCUACUACCGCCUGACGGCGGAUGCCCACCACUACUUCUGCAAGGAGGUGGCCCCCCCCCGGCUCCUGGAGGACAUGGAGAACCAGUGCCACGGGCCCAUCAGCUCCGAGUUUGCGGUGAAAAAGCUGAAGAUGGCGGGGAGCUGCCCGGGGCUGUACCUGCUGCGCCGCAGCCCGCAGGACUUCGACAGCUACCUGCUGACCGUCUGCGCCGAGACCCCCUCCGGCCAGGACUACAAGCGCUGCCUGAUCCGCAGGGACGAGGACGGGAACUUCUGGCUCUCGGGGGUGGCCCGGCGGUUCUGCAGCCUGCGGGAGCUGCUGGGCACCUACGGGCGCUGCGGGCUGCAGGCAGAGGGUGCCCGCAUGCGCCUGGCUGCCUGCUGCCCACCUCUGCCCAAAGAGAAGUCCAACCUGCUGAUCGUGCGGAACGGCUGCCCCCAGCCCCCCGGCUCCCCCGCUGCCCCCCGCCGCAGCCUCAACCAGAUGAUGUUCCACAAGAUCGAUCCCCAGAGCCUCACGCGGGGCGAGAGCCUGGGCCAGGGCUCCUUCACCCAGAUCUACAAGGGCAUCAAGCGGGACCAGGAGGAGGACGGGUACUACCAGACCGAGGUUGUCCUCAAGGUCAUGGACGGCAGCCACCGCAACUGCUCUGAGUCCUUCCUGGAGGCAGCCAGCAUCAUGAGCCAGCUCUCCCACAAGCACCUGGUCCUGCUGCACGGCGUCAGCCUUGGGAAAGACAGUAUCAUGGUGCAGGAGUACGUCAGGUACGGGCCCCUGGACCUCUACCUGAAGAAGAACCAAGGCGAGGGCAAGGUGACGACGAGCUGGAAGCUGCAGGUGGCCAAGCAGCUGGCGUACGCCCUCAACUACCUGGAGGACAAGAAAAUCACCCACGGCAACGUCUCUGCUAAGAAGGUGCUACUGACCCGGGAGGGGGACGUGGCCAGCGGCAGCCCCCCCUUCAUCAAGCUCAACGACCCCGGAGUCAGCAUCACCGUCCUGGCCAAGGAGAUGCUGGUGGAGCGCAUCCCCUGGGUGGCCCCUGAGUGCCUCAGUGACCCCAAGAGCCUGGCGCUGCCAGCUGACAAGUGGAGCUUUGGGGCGACCCUCUGGGAGAUCUUCAGUGGUGGCAACAUGCCCAUCAGCCUGCUGGAGCCCCAGAAGAAGCUGGAUUUCUACCAGAGCAACCUCCAGCUCCCCGCACCAAAGUGGACGGAGCUGGCCACGCUCGUUGCGCAGUGUAUGGACUACCAGCCCCGCCGCCGGCCCUGCUUCCGCGCCCUCAUCCGGGACCUCAACAGCCUCAUCACCUCUGAUUACGAGCUGCUCUCGGACCUCUCGCCCACGGACGUGACGCUCCGGGACAGUUUCUGGGGGUAUGAGCCCCUCACCAUGUGCCAGGACCCCACACACUUUGAGGAGCGGCACCUCAAGUACAUCUCGCUUCUGGGCAAGGGCAACUUUGGGAGCGUGGAGCUGUGCCGCUACGACCCGCUGGGCGACAGCACGGGCGAGCUGGUGGCAGUGAAGAAGCUGCAGCAAGAUUCGGCCAAGGAGCUGCGGGAUUUCGAGAGGGAAAUCCAGAUCCUGCACUCGCUGCAGCACGACUUCAUCGUCCAGUACCGAGGCGUCUGCUACAGCCGGGGGCGGCGUGGGCUGCGGCUGGUGAUGGAAUACCUGCCCAACGGCUGCCUGCGGGAUUACCUGCAGAAGAACCAGCCCCGCCUGGACCACAGGACUCUGCUCCUCUACGCCUGGCAGAUCUGCAAGGGCAUGGAGUACCUGGGAGCGCAGCGCUGCGUGCACCGGGACCUGGCCAGCAGGAACAUCCUGGUGGAGAGCGAGACCCACGUCAAGAUCGGGGACUUCGGGCUGGCCAAACUGCUGCCGCAGGACAAGGACUAUUACGUGGUGCAGGAGCCCGGACAGAGUCCCGUCUUCUGGUACGCACCUGAGUCCCUGGCGGACAACGUCUUCUCGCGGGCAUCCGACAUCUGGAGCUUUGGGGUCCUCCUCUACGAGCUCUUCACCUACAGCAACAAGAGCAAGAGCCCCUCAGAGGAAUUCCUUCGCAUGAUGGGCGCUGAGAAGGCGGCACAGAUCGUUUGCCACUUGCUGGAGCUCCUCAAGGACAACCGGCGUCUCCCGGUGCCGGCCGGCUGCCCUGUGGAGAUCUACACGCUGAUGCUGAGCUGCUGGUCCUUCACCCCCACUGCCAGACCCACCUUUGGGGAGCUGGCCCCCAAGAUCGAGGCGCUGCGGGACGGCCGGAGCAAAGCCCGUGGGUAGCCACCCUUGGCCACUGGGCGCCCCGGCCACCCACCCUCCUCCCCAGCACCAGGCGGUGACAGACGGACACACGGCCGCAGCGAUGCUUCAAUGUGCCUUAAUGGCUGCGGUGC